UGUCCUCUUUGUCUCUUGCUUCCUUCGCCACUCCUCUCUCUCUCUCUCUCUCUGCUUAUAUGUCUGAGAUUCCAGUCCUAGCACCCUUCUUGCUCAGACCCGCUGCAUUCUCCUCCUGCUUAACGACCAAGUUCUCUCUCUCUCUCUCUCUCUCUCUGUCUCAUCUGAGAGAUGGGCCGGUCCCCAUGUUGCGAGAAGGUAGGACUGAAGAAAGGACCAUGGACUCCGGAAGAAGAUCAGAAGCUGUUGACGUACAUCGAAGAGCAUGGUCAUGGCAGUUGGAGAGCAUUGCCCCUCAAAGCAGGGCUACUAAGAUGCGGGAAGAGCUGCAGAUUAAGGUGGACGAAUUACCUGAGGCCUGACAUCAAGAGAGGGAAAUUCAGCCUGCAAGAGGAGCAAACUAUCAUCCAACUUCACGCGUUGCUGGGUAACAGGUGGUCGGCAAUCGCAACGCAUCUGCCCAAGAGGACGGACAACGAGAUAAAGAACUACUGGAAUACCCACCUCAAGAAGCGGCUGGCCAAGAUGGGCAUUGACCCCCUCACCCACAAGCCCAAGUCCGAUGCGCUCGGUGCGGCCGCGGACGGGCAGAGCAAGAACGCCGCCACUCUCAGCCACAUGGCUCAGUGGGAGAGCGCCCGGCUGGAGGCUGAGGCACGCCUCGUCCGCGAGUCGAGGAUCCGCAACGCUGCUGCUGCCGCUGCCUCCGCCUCCGCCGGAAACAAGGCCCACAACCCGCUGCAGCCAUCACCGCUCGGCUUGCCGAUUCAGCCGGCCUCCAAGCUGGCCUCUCCGGCUCAAUCCUCUGCAACGCCACCGCCAUGCCUGGACGUACUGAAGGCUUGGCAGAGCGGCUGGUCAAAGUCAACCUCCAAAGGCCGAUCAGAUACGGCGGUCCUCGAGUCUCCCACGUCCACGCUGAGCUUCUCCUCAGAAAACGGCGUCCUCCCGCUGGCCACCUCCAGCGCCAACUUCCUGGAGAACGCGCCCAACCGGCCGGAAUUGGUUCUGGAGAAUCCCUCAGUACCGCUGCAGCUCCAUGCGUUGUGCGAGGAGUUUAGUGCCCCUCAGAAAUGCGAGGCCUUCCCCCUCCUCCACCGAUCAGCUCCCACCCCGGCCGCGACCCAGCGAGACAGCAAGCGGGACACUGAGAAGCGGACGGAGGGCGCGGCGAAGCAUGAAGGAAACGAAAACACCAUGAUGUUCGCCAACUUUCACGAGAUGAUCUUCCCAGCGGACGAGAACUCGGAGGCCGCAUGGUCUUCCGAAUCCGCCAGAUCAGGGGGUGAUGGCGGAGGAGACAUCGUUAAGACUGGGCCCCGACAUCAUUACAUGGACAGCUUCAUAAACCCAGACCUCCUGAUGGUGUUGGAGCCGGAGAGCAAGCUGGAGAACCCGGGGAGCCGGAAUUCUACCGAGGAAGAAAACAAGAACUACUGGAACAGCAUCCUCAGCAUGGUGAACUCAUCGUCGCCUGCAGCCUCCCCCAUCUUCUGAUUUCGCCGGAACUCGGUCUCUCCGGCGCCGGAAAGUCAAGGCGGCGUUAAAGUGCAAACAAUCGGGAAGUGAUGGGUUAAUUAGUAUCCGCUCAUGUGCAGCUGCAGUCGUGUCGGCUCCUGCUUCUGCCACAUUUGAACGAAGAAAAGAAAGAAAAAAAGAUGACUAAAUUAAGUAGGGGGUGGGGGAAGGUGCGAACCUGGUUAUAUCCCCUACCCUCGCUAAUAUUUGCUCCGUGGGUGAGUGUGCGAUUGUGUGUGUAAUAUGUGCGUGUCUGCGUGGUGCAUGUGUGUGUAACAUGGAAGAGAAAGAAAGAAGUUGUAAGUGGAAAUUACUAAUUGGGGAAGAGGGCAGCGGUGGGAAAUGGGGCUACUGAGUGUUACUGGAAUCGUACCGUCCAUGGUCGUCUCCUUCUCCCUCUUCUUCCUCCUCCAACUGUAACGAGUUGAUGAAUAAAUGAGCCGCAUUUAACGCCG